AUGUAUAUUGAACGAAGAAAAAAUCUCCCUCCCUACCCAACAUCUUCUGAAGAUGCAAUUACAAAAAUAAAUGAAUUUCAAGAUGCAGAUUUUUUAAUGUUUAGAGGGGAAAAGUUUGUACAUUUACCCGAAGAUUCUACUUUUAUUUGUUUAACCACUGAAAAAAAUCUUCAAUCAGUAAAAGAAGUUUUUCCGGCUGUACAAAUUAAAACAUGCCGUUUUCACUUGGGACAAGCUUGGUGGCGCAAAAUUAAUGGUGAAUCAAAAUUAAGAACGGCAUAUAACGAUAAAAAUAACGAUUUACCAAUAUGGCUCAAAUCAUUUUUCGGACUUUCUUUUAUCGCUCCAGAUGAUGUCGAGGAUGCUUUAGUCGAACUUAUAAGUGUAUGUCCAAAUAUUUCAGUUGGACGACUUUUUUCGGAUUAUGUUUUGGAAACGUAUAUUGAACAGGGUUGUUUAUUUCCACCUAUUUUAUGGGCUGAAACACCAUCAUCAAAUCCUAGGACUACAAACGGGGCUGAAAGUUUCCAUAGUACAUAUAAUGCACAGUUUAAUAGUGCUCAUCCACCAAUAUUUUUCGUUAUAGCUACCCUUAUGGAAACUCAGGCAGAAUCAGUUACCAAAUUAUUAACCAUUUCCAAAGGUAUAAUAAAACCAAAAUCGAAUAAAGAAUCAAGGAAAAUUGAAAAUUUGAAAAAUGAACACAAACAUUAUGUAAACAAUAAAACACCAGAAAAUUUACUAAAGUAUUUGGCCAUAGUUGGAAAUAGGAAUCGGGGGUUUAAAAUUUAA